CUACAUUUCCCACAAUCCCCCUUUUCCAAAAUACUUUUUUUCCCCACCGAGAACUGAAGGCAGAACUGAGUGUGGACCGAAAGCGGAAUGGACUCGCGUUGACUCUGCCACGUUCGCUCUUGCUAGUCUGAGAGAGAGGCAGCGAGCUCGGGACAGACUGAGAGCUUUUCUCCGCCAUGCCGCCGGCUCGGAACCCGGAGUGCGGGGCGCGCGGCGCGAGCGGCUCCUCGGUGCUGCGCUUCAGUCCCGCAGUGAGCUCGCGCUCCACGCACCGCCGCCGCUCGGCCCUGCUGCCCUCCGUGCUCACGUUCGCCGUGAUCGUGGCGUCCGGAGGCCUGCUGCUGCUCAUCGAGAAGGGAAUGCUCAACGGCAUGCACACUCCAUCGCCUCUGGGGAACGGCAGGAAACCCGACUACCGGGUCGCGCCGCGGGAUCCAGCUGUGGACGUGGAAUCGCAGAUUUUGCAGGAUAUCCGUAACCGCACUAUCCGGGCGAUGUGUGGCCAGCAGAACACAGCUCAGGGCGUGUGGUCUCUCAGCUCAUUGCAGAGGAAAACCCUGCUGCAGCACAUCCUGGUGAACGAGAAGCAUCGCUUCCUCUACUGCUAUGUCCCCAAGGUGGCCUGCUCCAACUGGAAGCGAGUGCUGAAGGUGUUGAGUGGCACGCUGGCUGAUGUCCACGUUCAGGUGAAGAUGGACCACCACGCUGACCUGCUCUUCCUCUCUGACUUCUCGCCUGAGGAGAUCCGCUACCGUUUGCGCCACUACUUCAAGUUCAUGUUUGUGCGUGAGCCGAUGGCACGCCUGCUCUCUGCUUAUCGGAACAAGUUCGGUGAGAUCAAGGCCUACCAGCACAAAUAUGGCGCGGAGAUCAUCCGGCGUUACCGGAAAGGUUAUGCAAAGAAUGCGAAAGUAGCUGGGGACGACGUGACGUUUGCGGAGUUUGUGCGCUACCUGCUGGAUGAGGAUCCUGAGAGAAUGAAUGAGCACUGGAUGCCCAUAUCUAACCUGUGCCAGCCGUGCGCUGUUCAGUAUAACUUUAUAGGCUCGUAUGAGAGGCUAGAGAGUGACGCGGCAUACGUGCUGGAGCGCGUCGGUGCACCGCAACAUGUGCAAUUUCCCGAACGUCAGGCAUGGUAUAAACCUGUUACAAAGGAAACAUUGCAUUAUUAUCUGUGUACUGUUCCUCAGAAGCUGCUUCGGGAACUUUUGCCAAAGUAUAUUCUAGACUUUUCUCUCUUUGGUUAUCCUCUGCCCAACAUCACCACUGAGUACUGUCGACACUAGCAGAGGCUUUACCUAACAAUGGUCUUUUGUACAAAUGCAUAUCACAGCCAUCUCCUUUUAUGCAAUCUGUGAAGUUACAGUAUUUUGAAUUUUUGAUAGAAUUUUCUUCUACGUCUUUAUAAAAUUUUGUACAGAAUUGGGAAUAUAUUUCAUUACGACCUCUGAAUGGUGUGUUUGACAGCUAUGUAAAGAUGAACCACUAUUUAGCACUGGAACAGAGGCAAAGUUUCUAAUAACGGAAAUCUAUUUUUAUGGAUACUAUAACUAAUAGUAUUGCCACAUAGUUGGGGCAAUUCAAUACAACAUGUGCUGGGCACAAACAGACUUUAUAAUGCAUCAACAAGCACAAGAUUUUUCAUUCUCAAACAUUACACUUUCAAACGUCAUUUUUGUAGCUGUUUUUAAGUCUUUGUUUUCCUUGGUGCUUUCUUUCCAGGGGGACAAAAAAAAAAUCUGGGGGCAAGCAACACGAUUCAUGGAUGGUAGAUCAGUGUUGAACAUGGGCAUGUUUUUCCCCAGCUGAAAUUGUGCAUGCGCCUUCCCCAUGCCCAACAUUAUUAACUGUUUCUGUUUGAAGCAGGAAAAAGUAUCAGUGUAAAUACACAUUUUAUAUAGUGGACACUAGCACUAUGCAAAUACUCUUCCAACACAUUAAGCCUUAUCCAGACAAAAAGAAUCCCCUCUUUGAGACUGUCUCAGCGUAAAUCCCUUAAGAAUGCAGUUUCACAACCAAAAAGACUCUUUCCAUUUUGGUUGUGAAACUGUAUUCUUAAGGGAUGCUAACGAGAGGAAAUAUGAUGAACUCUAUGACUUAAACUUGCUUUUAAAAUAAUCUCCAGAGUCAUAAUAACUCUAUAAAAUUCAACAAAGCCAAACCAUGUACUGUACAGCAUGACAGAAUUGCUUACCAAAGCCAUAAUUAAUAGCCAUAACAUGACAGACGUUGAGGGGGAGAAAAAAAAAAAAAAAAAAACAAUAAUUAUUGAGUGAUGAUGUUUGCUGGGAAAACUUAUAGUGUAAAUUAGCUGUUAGCUUCCAUUCAUUAGUAAUUUUAGCAUUUUUUGGGUUUAGUGUUUAGUGAUUAGCAGUGGUCAUUUUCUUUCUUUCCGUUCUUGCAUCUUCUUGUGUUUAAUAAACAUGUACGACUGCUGAAAAACAAGUGCUGUAAGAAAUUGGUACAUUUUUAUUCAAGUUAAUAAGUUAAUGAUUCAAGUAAACACACAAAUGAUGUACAAUACACAACACCAGUCAUAGGUUUGGAUUUGGAGAGCAGUUUGAGAGCUCUCUGUAACACUGGCAGCCCUGAGGACUUUGGUCAUAUCUCAUGUCAUAGUACUGUUUGGUCUCCUUCACAGCCAAGUCCAUUAAAAGCUCUGCACACCAUCUAAAACUAACAUUUCACAUAAAAAUGCAACAAUUUACAAAACAGUCACAGGAAAUAAACGUAUUACAAAUUCAUCUGCCUAUGCUAUUAUAAAAGUACAUGUUUAAAAGUUAACAUAAAAAUAGUUACAUAUAUAUAUAAAAAAAAACACUGAAUUAAUUUCCUUCAAGAUAUUUUAAAAAAAGACAUAAAUAGACAAACGACACAUCUUUCUGUUUGGCUUUGGUGGCAUGAUCAGGUUUGUCCCUGUAAAAGUAUGUCAGUGCAUUUCUUGUUCUCAGUAAAAAAAAAAAAAAAAAAAUGCAGAAAGACACCAAUCAGAAUUCAAGCCACAAUGGAACGAAGUACUUUAAGCAGAAACAGAUAUAAAAUGACCUCUCCUACCAAAUUCACAAUAAGAAGGAUGACCUACGAACAGCAUUCCCAGGCAGUAACUCCCUCUGCUGCCCACUUUCUGAAGAUCCUCAGGGUUUGUUUUUUUCUCUCUAGUCCUUAAAGCUCACAUUUCUGAAAUGAAGCACAAUUACGUGUAAGCUGAAAGAUACUUCAGUAAGAUCUAAAAUAUGACAUACUUCAGUAUUUAUCUGUCAGUUGUUUUCCUAUUUAAACCACAACCCCAGUGCUGUGUGGUAGCACGUCCAAUCUUCUGCUUUGUCAUUAAUGUGAUGUUAUUUUUUUAUUUACCAAACCUGUUUGUAAUCACCAAGUGCUGAGUUGGUUCUUGAAUUUACUUUUCUCUGUAAUUUACUUCAACUAAAAUGAAGGAAAUGUCUAAUAUAAGGUAAAAAGUUAGUAACUAGUGCUUCCCAGUUACAAAAUGCUAUUACUUAAAAUGUCUAAAUGCAAUGGACUCGCGUCCCAUACAGGAUGUAUAUUCCCGCCUUGUGGCCAACAUUCCCGGGAUUGGCUCCAGAUCCACCACAACCCUGAGCAGGAAAAGCCACUCACUGAAGAUGAUGAAGAUGAUGAUGAUGAUGAAUGAAUGAGUUUGGUUCGUACUAACUAGCUCCUAGCAGAUUUAAACAGUCAUGACCUCAGUCGUAUCUGAUUUCUGUACAGUUGUCAUGAAUUAACCUUAUUACCAUCAAGCUUGUUUAUUAUUUUCUA